GCUGCUUUGCUAGAAGACGAAGUAAAAAAUAGUGCAUAAUUUUUUAUAAAAUAACAACGAAAUUACUAAAGAAAUUCAGCAAAUUUCAUAUAAAACUCAAGUGUACAUAGUGUUCCAUAAAAAACAGCAAAGAAUUAUAUGAAAAACCAUUGAUUAAUGUGCAAAUUUUGUUAGAAUAUAACGACAAUUAAAUUGGUUCAGCGUGAUUGAUGAUAGACAAUUUACCAAGAACGCGAUACACAUACAUACACAAACACCUAUAGUGUAUGGGAAAAAGAACCCCAAAAUAACAAAAAAAAAGAGGAGAGGACGACGAGUACAAUAAUUUUUUUUUAUAUGUGGAGACAAGAGGAAACGUCAAAAAGCGUUGAUAGUAAGAAAAUAUAUAGAAAAAAAGGAGGGCCAAUACAACGGCGGGUAUAAGGUCUUGAGAAUUGGAUUUUUUCUAUACUGGAUACGGGAAAUAUAAAGAAAAUACCGCUGAGCUGCGAGCGUUUUGUAGCUGUGUGCAGUGAGUGAGUCACCAUGGACCCGAACUCGAGUCCCUGGCCAUAUGCUUAUAAUCGUAUAGUGCCUGCGGGCGGUAGCAGUGGGUCCGCCGACGACUUCCAACAUCCCCAUUUAGCAUCCAGUGCCCAGUCACUACUUCUACAGGCCCAUUCAAAUAUUGCAGCUAAUAUUGCCGCCAGUGGCGGCAGUUUUGUUUCGCCCUCACCCAUAAGUGGCUAUAAUCCAGUUUUCCAACAAAUCUAUCAUCAUGCGGCCGCUGCCAGUGCUGUACAACCAAAACCUGCCCAUUAUGCCUCGUCGGCUGUUAAUACACCUCAUCGACAGUUACAAAUACCCGCCACAUUGGACAAACAAUUGACCUCAUUCCAAAAUCAGGCUGCCAUAGCGGCUGUGUCCUCGGCAGCGGCGGCGGUAGUAAAUAAUGCAGCGGCUGCCACCAAUUAUUAUGGUGAGAACUCAUCAUCGAGUGGUGCUUCACCAUCGCCCACAACAUCAACCAUAACACCGACAACAUUAAGUUGGAACUCGCCAUCAAUAUCCAAUACAUUUUUGGCCAUGCAGCAGCAGCAGCAGCAACUACAACAACAACAGCAGCAACAACAACAAGCUCAGCAGCAACAGCAACAACAGCAAGCUCAGCAGCAGCAACAGCAACAACAGCAGCACCAGCAACAGCUUAAUCUAGCUGCGGAAAAGGUGCAAGUCAAGCAAGAAAAUACACAAUGUACUAAGGCUCAAGUAAAAGCCUACAAUGAUUUGAUAUACCUCACACAAUUACAACAGCAGCAGCAACAACAGCAGCAGCAGCAGCAACAACAUCAACAGCAGGAAGAGGAGAUCUAUAUUGAUGGCAAACAUUAUAAAAUUGUACGAAAAUCUCAGCAACAACAACCACAACAACAACAACAACAGCAUGUGCUGCAAAUCGAACAACAUCCUAGUCCGGCGUCUUCGACCACCACCCAGCAUUAUCCGGUAUAUGCCAGUCCGGCUCUAAGCUCCACCGGCAAUUCCUCACCAGCCUUACACAAUGUAGCCACCACCCCUCCCCAAGUUAUUCUUUAUGAAACACCCACAUCAUUCGAGUUACCCAUACGACGAGCACAUGUUGCAAACGCUGGUUCGCCUGCAACAGUGGCCAUAGCGACGGCGGCAGCGCCCAACCAUAAUAGUGCUGUUGCCUAUUCAUCUGUGAUACAAAGCACUUUGCAGCAGCACCAACAACAGCAAUUGCAGCAGCAACAACACCAGCAAUUACACAUGUGGAAAAUAGAAGAAGAUGAUGCGGCAUCUGGUGCUGGCCAAGAGGAUGUCAAGAAUGUCUUACAAUUGCAGGUUAAACAAGAGCAUCACACUGGCAACAAUGUUGUCCUAAGUGAUAAUUUGAUAUUAAAUUUGCCGCCAGGUUUGGAAAUCAAACAAACCAUGGUGCAUAAUAAUAAUACUCAGCACCAGGCCGCAGGCGCUUUGGCAAAUUCGGUGUUGCAGCACACCCAACAGCAACAGCUGUUGGCCCAGCAACAACAGCAACUGUACAAUGAACAAAAAAUGCAGCAACAGCAACCUGCUGCUGAAAAACGCCGUCAGCAUAUGAUCGCCAACAUGCUGAUGUCACCGUCCAACGCAAACAAUGCAGUGACGGCAUCUUCGCCGGCUAACUCUACGUCUUCGUCUUCCCAUCAUGCGUCGUCUUCUUCUUCGGGCACCACAACGUCACAGAUUCAAAUAAAUUCUAAGGCUGAGGAAAAACAUCAACAACAACAGCAGCAGCAGCAGCAACAGCAACAGCAGCAACAACAGCAACAAAUGGUGGCGAAAACCACUAAAACACCACGUAAGAGACAGCCGAAAAAGACGCUUAUAACAAAUGACUAUGAGGCUGAACCAAGUCCCCAGCAGCAGGAUACAACCGCAGGCAGCCAUCAUCAGCAGCAGCAACAACAACAACAACAACAGCAACAACAACAGCAUGUCCAACAGCAGCAACAAGCCACAUAUUAUGAUUUCAACAAUAAGUGGAAUACAACAGCUCUGAAACAAGAGAAUAAUACGACAACACCGGCUGUACAAGUGCCGGCUAUAAAUAUACCCACUUAUGUUAAUCCUCAUACCCAACAACAGCAUGCCCAGCAGCAGCAACAACAACAACAGCAGCAGCAACAACAACAACAACAACAGCAGCAGCAGCAGCAACAACAACAGCAGCAGCAACAACAACAGCAACAACAAACGGCAGCGGCGGUGGUGGCACAUCAGCAACAGCAAGUGCCACAACCCGCCCAUUUGCAAUCAUCACAAGCCCAAUCACACUUAACCAACCUAUCGUCGUAUUAUCCAAAUUUCACACAACAAAUUGCCUCACAAUAUACAGCCUGCAUGCAACAGACGGCAGGAGCCAUACAACACACCCUGUAUAAUCUCAAUCAGCAUCAACAACAAAUCCAACAGGCUACAGCCGCCACACAGCAACAGGUAGUAGCCGCAGCUGCCGUUGCCGCCGCCGCUGUAACAGCACAGCCUGCUGCAGCUUCGCACACAACACAGCAACAACAACAGCAGGCACAGCAACAACAGGAGGAGCAACAGCAACAGCAAGCGGCCCAAGAGGCAGCUACCAAUAAAGUUAUAGUCCCUAAUAUAGAGGAAGAACUAGAGUUCCUUUCCGAUUCAACGCCCAAGCAAGGAUACGCCAGUGCCAGUGAAGCGUCCCGCAAUGCGACGACGAAACCAACAAAUAUUGGUAUCUACAAUCCUCACAGUAAUAGUGACGAUAAGUCGGCAAAUGGCAAAACGAAUUCUGUGGCAACCGGUGCCAGCACAAAUGCCUCCGGUUUGGGUAAUAGCUCCUCGGUGUCAUCACUAAAUUCUUCAUCAUCGACAACGUAUGUGCCUCCGGAGAAGAAGCCUGUUGUUGGUACAUCAAUAGGCGAAAAGAAGACCCAAUUUAUGGACAGUUAUCUAAAGUUCUUGCAAGGAGAUCGUGAAGAAGAUACCUCGUCAGCGGCGAAAGGAGGGCGCAAAAAUAAUUAUCAGAAGGCAGCAACUGGCGGUGGAGCAGGGGGUGGUGGUGGUGGUGGUGUUGGAGGCGGUGUCGGCGGUGGUGGCGGUGGGGGUAGUGGUGGUGGUGGUGGAGGUGGCAAACGUGGCAAAAACCAACAACAUCAGCAACAAACACAGCAAGCGCAACCGCAACAACAACAGGCGACACAAGCACAAAAUAUUCCAUCAACGACAGAUGAGGCGGCAGCUCAUAUGGCUGCCAACCUAGAUCCCCAUGGUGCUCAAGGCCAGAUGGUAACCGGCGAUGAUGGCCAUCAAAUUAAAAUACUUUCACAAACGCAAAUAUUGCCCAAAAAGCGACCACAUGCACAAAUGCAGGCAGCCGCAGCAGCUGCUGCUGCACAGCAGACAUCCACAGCCAAUUCGAAUUCCCAUACAGGCACAUCGGUAAUACAACAACAUCCUCAGCAUUCGGAUCAUCAACAACAACAACAGCAGCAGCAGCAGCAGCAACAUGAGCAAUCAUUCCGUCCCUAUGGACAACAUCCACAGCAUCAUCAACAGCAGCAGCAACAGCAGCAGCAGCAGCAGCAGCAUCAUCAACAACAGCAACAGCAAUAUUGUGCACAAUUAGGUUUUGGCUCAUCACCAGGUUCAUCAAGUGCCGCAGCUGCUGGCGGCUCCAGUCAAGAUCCUUUAACACUCCCGCCACGACGUGAACAGUGUUUACGUAAGGCUAAAACAAAUAGUAUUGCCAUAAUGGGUAACACUGCCACAGCAGCGCCUGCUGAUGAUGUUAUGGCUGAGCCCGAUGAAUUUGCUGACUCUGAUACAGAUCCCGUAUGGACACCACAGGAAGAAGAUAGCGAAGAUGGCAAAGGAUUCAAGCGAAAAAUGGCAAGACGUACUAAAAGUUCUCCGCGGAAACAUUUCAAUCAGCAGCCGCCACUGCAACAUCAACAACAACAGCAACAGCAAACUGCACAACAGCAGCAGCAGCAACAACAACAGCAAUUGCAACAAUCGCCAGUGCAACAACAACAGCAGCAGCAGCAACAGCAACCUCCCAAUGCUGUUGUCAGCAAUGAUGGUUAUACCUUAAAUCAUGACAUGGCGAGUAGUUCGGGAAACUAUACUAAUUCAUCAGGCGCUGGCGCCGGAUCGGAUAAUUUCAAAACCGGUGACUUUAUUGUCUUACGCACGGAUUUGGUAAAUGAUUGGCCCACCAUUUGGCAAGUGGAUUCUAAGUGUAUUUUACAAAAAUACGAGGCAUUUUAUCAAAAUGGCAAGACAUUUUAUCGCAAUAUGUCCAAGUACGCUUCUUGGAAUUUGGAUACGAAAAAGUUAUAUCUAAAAGCUCCCGUACGCAUACAAGUCCAAUCUCACACUGAGACAAUUGUAGAAUUUCUAAGAUCCGAAUUAAUUGCCGAUGACACCGAGCAAUUCAUAGAAAAAAUCAUGGAAGACUAUCUAUCAUAUCGUGAUCAUUUUGAAAUUUAUAUACAAACCAUGAUAUCUCAAGUAUUAGAUCCUAGCUUCUUCUCUGAAAUAACGAGAGAGAAGGAUGAAUACUUUUUGGGCAGUGUAAGAGCCCUCGACACAAUACUGGAUAAUUGUAAACGCAAACUAUUGUCUAUAACACCCUGGACGCGAAGUGUUAUAACAUCCAUAGAGACUUGGCCCAAGUGUCAUGUCUUCUCCGAAUGGGGGCAAAAUAAUUUAACGCAGAAAAAUUGUGCUGGUUGCCAUCAACCGGGAAUUUCUGUGCGAUUUUUACUCUUCGGUCAACCGUAUAAUUCGAAUACCAUGCAAACUAUACCCACAGAUGCGCGUAUUACCUAUGAAAAGGAUAUUCUACUGUGUCGCAUCUGUGCUGCUCGGGCCGAUAUUUUCCAUAAAAUUGCUCAUGAAAAAUACAAUUUAUAUGUUAACUGUGCACGCCGUGUCUCCGAGCUGCAAGCAGAGAAUCCCAGCAAAUCAUCAACGGAAAUUCUAAAUGAUCUUCUGGCGGAACACAAUUGGAUUGAUGAGCUCUUCCGUAAUAUGCGCAACUCUUGGGCCGAAGUCGAAAGUCUAGAAAGGCAAAAACGCUUUAGAGAAGUUUCACAAUAAUAAAACUAUGCUGAGACUUUUUGCAAAUAACACAUACAUACUCACAAUGGUCGUGUGUGGAUUAUGCUACAUAUUCCUUCUACUGCAAUACAUAUACAAAACAGACAGAAUAAUAAAAUAAAACAAACUAUUCAA